AUGGGAGUUGAAGGUUUCCUCACGAGUUUCCAACCAAGUACCUCAGAGGAAUACAUGCAAGCCUUUUUGAUAAAGGGACUGAAUCAAGACAGACCCCAGAGCUUACUCCCCACAGGCAGUAAAACCCCAGAGAAAGGACAGCUAGUUUUUGAUAAGGACAACCAAUCGAAAGCAGAGAAAGUGGUAGGAAGAGCUAGAAAGCACCAUGAUGUUCUUGUCCACAUUCACUCUGAUCCUGAAGGACCCAUGCCUGUGUCCUGGGACUCCAUCAGAGAAGAACCGCUCAAAACACUGGAUUCUUCUCCAGCAUUCUCACCUGACCCACUGCAUGUUUCUUUGGCCUUUAGAGCAUCACUAGCUGUCCUCUAUGUGGGGGCCCAACUGCUGGGUGCCAUCAGUGCCUGUGCUCUCCUGGUGAGCAUAAUGCAGACUACACUAAGAAGCAACCAGAAAGUGGCAAAAGAGCAAGAUGGGUAUAGAUGGAUUGAGGGAGAGGAAAAGAAAAUAGUUUACCAGGUAGCCCCUAGGGUGUCUCUGUAUCAGGCUCUGUUAGUGGAGAUGGCUGUUACAUUCCAGCUAAUGCUGUGUGUCCAGUCUGCUACUCAUGCCAAAUCUGCAUUUUUUUCUGUGGCACCUGCGGUUAUCGGCCUGUCUGUCACCCUCUGUCAUCUCAUGGUGGUGUUUUGGGUGGGGUCCAGUGCUGGGUGUGCCUGGUUCCUGCAUGACUUGGUCAUCCAUCCUGGUUGGAGUUGCCUUGGCGACUGGGUGACAGAAUGUAAGGAGGCAUUCCUGAAAGAUCUUUUUCGGCAGCCCAGAGCACUUGAAAACUAUUUUUAUGCCUAGACUUUCAAAUAGGCAUUACUCUCUCUUCAGAAAUGUAUA